UCCGCUUCCGGAGUCAGCGAGGUUAACUAAAGGUAAACAAACACGCCGAAAAUGACAUUGAAAUAUACACUUAGCAUUUCAGCUUCUUCACAUUACUUUCUGAACGGCACGAGUUAGUUCUUCAGUACGCGAAACGCGUCAGAACAAACCGGAAGUCGAGCAUGGCUCUUUCGUGCAUGCGACUGUGCACCAGACAUGUCAGCGCGGGGCUUCAAGUCUGUGCUUAUGCGACAGUCAGUAAAUCGUCCAGACCCCAGGAGAAGAGCAGCAGCGCUCCAGUGUUUCAGUAUGUCGGCCAGCACAAGAAGCCCACCCACAAAGUGUUUGUGUGGGGCUUCAGCUUCACCGGCGCCCUGGGUAUCCCCAGCUUCGUGGUGCCGGACAGCGGCAGGAAGUCGCCCCGCAAAUACCAGCUGACUCCUUACAGACUGGAGACCGCCGAGCAGAUCUCCUCUGCUGCCUGCGGUUACGGCUUCACUCUCAUCGCCUCGCCAACCAAAGACGUGAUCAAGCUGUGGGGCAUGGGCCUGAACAAGGACUCCCAGCUGGGCUUCCAGCGCACGCAGCACAGCCGCCAUCAGAGCUACGACUACAUGUUGGAACCCUCCCCGGUGGCUCUGCCCCUCGCCGAGCCGCUGCAGACCAAAGUGGUUCAGGUUGCGUGCGGUCGCGCUCACUCUCUGAUCCUCACCGACCAGGAGGGAGUUUUCAGUAUGGGCAACAAUGCGUAUGGCCAGUGUGGAAGGCUGAUAGUUGAAGAUGAAGUUUACAGCGGCAGUCACAUCAUCCACAAGGUGGACGGCUUCGACAGCAGGGUCGUCCAGGUGGCGUGUGGACAGGAUCACAGCCUCUUCCUCACCGAGACCGGAGGCGUGUUUGCGUGCGGAUGGGGCGCAGAUGGGCAGACGGGUCUUGGUCACCACGACAUCAGCGCCCGUCCGGUGCAGGUGGGAGGGGAUCUGUCCGGGGUGGAGGUGCAGCAGAUCAGCACGUAUGGAGACUGCAGCCUGGCCGUGUCCAAGGACGGACGGCUGUUCGGAUGGGGCAACUCCGAAUACCUGCAGCUGGCCUCGGUCACCGAGUCCACUCAGCUCAACUCUCCUCGACUUCUUCCUCUGGUCGGCUGUGGAAAGGUGGUUCAGGCAGCAUGCGGAGGCACACAGGUGGCCAUUCUCAACGAGAAAGGAGAGGUGUUCGUGUGGGGCUACGGCAUCCUGGGAAAAGGCCCAAAACUCUCCGAGUCCUCGACCCCGGAGAUGAUUCCCUCCGCGCUGUUUGGAAGCUCGGAGUUCAACCCCACGGUCGCCGUCACCAGCGUGCGCUGCGGCCUCAACCACUUCGCUGCAGUGACGGAUCGAGGCGAGCUCUUCGUCUGGGGGAAGAAUGUGAGAGGUUGUUUGGGCAUCGGCAAGAGAGAAGACCAGUACUUCCCGUGGAGGGUGACCGUGCCCGGUCAGGUGGUGGACGUAGCGUGUGGCGUGGACCACAUGGUGGCGCUGGUGAAGUCCCUCCUGUGAGCGUCCCGUGUUCCUGCAGCAGUGGAUGAAAGAGAGGGUUUCUGCAGCUGGAGCAGCCCUCCUCUUCCUCCUCCUCUUCCUCCUCCUCCUCCUCCUCCAUCAUCAUGUGUGUGCUGAAGUGAGCUGAAGCAGAGAAAAAGGUGGCGUGUGGAGGCUACAGGGACCUGGCUGUUCUCGGCUUUGUUUACUCAGCUCAAAUAAUACAGACAGCUGAUCUACCUGCUGUCGCCACGUGAGCUGCAGGCUGGAGACGAGCGGGCAUGUGUGAAGUUAUAAUUAAAAUGACAUCACAAUAACUGUGCACCCUCUUUGCCUCAACUGCAAAGAGGGUGCAUGUUUCCCUUUCUGUUCGUGGGCAAAUCAUUAAAAGAUAAUCAGAUUUUUCGUACCGGCUCGGUCGAGGCCGGGGUCGCCAAUUAGAGGGAGGCAGAGGACCCGGAACGGGAACGGGAGUAAGACCUCUAGCGGAAGAAGAGUGUUUUUCCUUAUUUUAAUUAACUUCCGUCUAGGUGUGUUGGUUCACUUUUACACUUAAGUUUCUUUCUUUGUCUUUUUCUCGUAACUGAUACGACACGGCGGGUUAUAAUAAGCACAACGUGACAUCUUUUACUACUUUUUUAUCCGCACUGCAUGUAAUAUUCUAUUCCCUUACCAUGUAUAUAGUACUCAUUAGCUGAUAAUAUUCACAUUUAAACUUGAUACAUAUAUAUAUAUUCAUUUGUUUGCAUUCUUUUUAUCUCAAAGAGGACAUUUUGUCAAUCUGUAGCUGUAAUAAUUCCCAGUUUCUAUGUCAGAAUACCACGUUGUGGUAGAGACGUCGCCCAGUUUAUUGAUUUAAAAGUACACACCGGGAGCAAAUAACAGUGAGCUGACGAUCCCCGUUGUUAAGUAAAGAAAAGAAAAAAAAGACAUCAACAACAACAAAAAACACAGUGUUUCCACUCAAGCGGCCGACAGUCGUUUUUGACACUGAUGAAUACGGAGUUUUCACUAAUCACGUCUGACCAGAAGAAAGGUGGUUGGUGGGUGGGGUGCGAGAAAAA